CGGAAUUUAUCAAAGAGACUGAUGAUGCUCACAGCUCCCAGUCGUAUUUUGCGUUUUGGGAUGAAACUGAAACAGCGCGAAUAAAGGGCACAGAUUGCUGCUGCAAUGGCUGCAGCUGUGGUGGAGUCCUCUAUUCAGGAGAGCAUUGCCAACACUCCAGCAGCACAUAUGGCAGCCAGUCAGUCUGAGCCAGAACAGCUCAAUGCUUCUGGAACUGUUGCAGCCCAGAGCACUGUUGAGAGCCAGUCUGCUAAGAAAUCAUCUCAGGAAUGUAAUCAGGCAGCUGCAGCUGACGCACCCAGUAAGGACCAUGUGAGCGCUGAGUCACAGGAGCCUGCCGCUGCCAGUGACGAUGACACACAGCCAGAGAGCAGCCCUCAGCAGCGGGCGGACGGAGGACGGGCCUCAGACUCUGACAGUGACGAGGAGCCGGUGCACCGGCCGCGCGCGCGCCGCCUGGCCGUGGACAGUGACGACGAGCCGUCCGACCCAGCGCCGCCGCCGGCCGACCACGGAGACUCGGACGGCGGGUCAGAGACGGCGGGGAAGGCGCCGGCGCGCGGCCGGGUCCGCCGGCCCGUCCUCGACUCCGAGGAGGAGGACGGACCCGGCUCGGGCAGGGACGGGGCAGCCGAGAAGGGGGCCGGGCCGCCGGCGGAGGGAGGGGCCGCCGGCGGGGACUCUGAGGACGAGGAGAGGACGAGGAAGGAGAAGAACAUGAGGCGGCUGAUGGCGCUCGCCGACAGCUCGUCAGAGGACGAGAGGCCCCGGCCCGACACUCCGGCCUCGCCCACGCCAGCAAUGGAUGCUGAUGAAGACCAAGCGGGAACAACCAAGUCUGGCAGAAAGAAAAAGCCACAGAAGAAGAAAGCUGAGAGGCGCAAAAUCGAGCAGGAGGCGGCCGAGCAGAUGCGUCAGAUCCGCAGCGCCGCCCAGCGGCGGACGCGCGAGUCGCGGCUGAACCUGCCCUACCACCGGCCGCGCCAGCGGACCCUGCACGAGUUCCUGGCGCGCCGACAGAAGGCGCCCGCGCUGCCCGACCACCCGAGACUGGCCGCCGAUGAGGCCGACUAUAUCACGAAGAAGCUGCAGGAGAAGGAAAAGGAGAUUGAGCAGUUUUACAAGUCCGAGUCUGAGAAGGGGGACGACUCGGACCCGGAGUGGAAGCCGGACGGCGCUGCCGCCGCCGCGGACAGCUCGCAGCCGCCCGCCGCUCGCGUCGCUGCUCCCGCCGCUGCUCCUGCCCCCGCUGCUGCUGCCGCUGCUGCUCCUGCUCCUGAGGCGCGGGAGGAGGAGGAGGAUGACCGCGUGCUGUCCCAGUCGUCGCAGAAGGUCCAGGAGUGGCUGGAGGGGGUGCAGCCGGCGGGAGAGGGUGCCCACACCCCGCCCAUGUCGGACGAGACGCCGGAGACGCACACUGAGACCGAAAGAACGGCACCGGGCCCGGAGACGGAGCCGCGGGACACGGAAAUGGAGACGGAGACCGGCACAGCUGCAGGGACGGAGAGCACUGCGGCAACGGGAGCAGCAGCGGACACCGGCCCUGCGGAGCCCGCCGCCGGGUCUGCCGGGGAGCGGGGGGAGACCGAGCCGGAGCCUCCUGCAGAGGAGCGGCCGGCGGAGACGGAGGAGUCCCGCUCCGUGUCGGCGGACACAGAGACCACCAGCCUGGCGCCGGGCGACAGCGCCUCCGAGGUCAACGCCCGCGCUGCUGCCGCCGCCUCUGCUACCCCCUCUGCCGCCGCCCCUUCCGCCCCUGCCGCUGCUCCCUCUACGUCCGCCGGCGCGGGCUCGGCGGGCCGGCUGGCCCGUCUCGCGGCCCGCCUGCCGCAGCUGGGCGCCGUGCUGGGCGCCACACCGCGGCUCCAGCGGCGCGGAGAGGUCGUCUCACUGGACGACAGUGACGAGGAGCGCGGCGCGCCCGAGCCGACCGAGCUGGACCGGUUCGUGGAGCGGUUCGUGCGCCACUCCAACGCUAAACCCAAGAAGGCUGAGAAGAAAACCGUCAACAUCAGCCUGGUGCGGUUCGAGAGUGACGCGGCGGGCGGCCAGCAGCUGGUGGCCGACUCUGUGCCAGUGACGGUGACCUCCGGUGACCCGGCCGAGCCCUCUGACGGGCCGCCGGGCGCGCAGCGGCAGCAGCUGCGGCGCGCGCUGCGCGACACCAUCCGCCGGCAGAGGGAGGAGGCGCGGCAGAGGAGGGAGCGCCAGUACAAACUGUACAACAGCGAACAGGUGGACGACGGCUACCUGGACGACCUGCCGGACGAGGAGGCGGAGCUUAGUGACGUCAGCAGUAACAGCGGCGAAUCAGAGCCCGAGGAGGAGCCUCCGCUGACGGAGACGCCGCGGAAACGCUGUCCGCUGGUGGAUGACGAGGCGGAACAGGACGAGGAAGAGGACGGAGACGGAGACGGAGACGGAGACGGAGAUGAGGGGGACAAGGGGGAGAAGGGAGGAGAUGAUGAACUGAAGCUGGUUCUCGAGGAUGACGAUGAGGACCUGCUGGGCUCACCGCCGCGUCGGGCCAGCGUCACCACGGAGCCGGAGCUGUUCAGCACACAGCCGAGCGGCCCACAAGCGGACUCAGCGAGUCAGGCGGACUCCCAGGACUCUGACCGGGCCAGCAGCUCUCUGGUGACGGCGCACCAGCCCGGCGGAGGGUUCAGGUUCGGCGGUACCUGCGCCGCCGCCGACGGGCCCGGACAGGAGUCUGCGGGGCUCACCCCCGCCCUGGACUCCCAGCCGACCGGCGGACAGCCGGAUACGCAGCCGGUGGACGGGGAGCCGGACACCCAGCCUACGGACGGGACGGGCAGUUUCAGCGUGCCCCCGGCUGACGACUGGGACGCGCUGCCGGCCGGCGCCGCGGACGACCUGCCCGACUCGCUGUCCCAGCUGGGGCCGCUGCGGCUGAGCCCGGAGCCGCGCGGCGCCGCCGGCCGCGGCCCCCGCUCAGCCAUCGGCGCGCUGAUCGACCCCGCCGCGGACGACACCAUGGACGACCUGAUGAGUCUCUGCUCCGGGAAAUUCGACGCUGCGCCGGUCUCUGGCCGCCCUACGAAGGUGACCCGCGCCGACACCCAGCCGGUGGACCUCCUCUCCGUGCCAGCGCCAACCAACAAAGACGGCGUGUGGACGGCCGGGGCGGCCUCUAAGAAGGGCUCCGACCGCGGCCCGUCCUCGGAGCCACUGCCGGGGAUGUCGCUGAUGUCGGCGGUCGACAUGUUCGAGGACGGCAACGCCAACAUGCCGCUGGACAUUGUCUCCGAUGACGAGGACGCCUCCAACACUCAGCUGGUCCGGCAGAAGAAGCGGCGCCGACGGCUCGUCUUCUCAGAUGACGAGGGGAGCGGCGAGGACGAGCCGUUUGAACACGGUGCCGCCGGCAGUGAGGACGAGGACGGAGAGGACAGCGGAGAGGACAGCGUGCAGGCGGCGCGCGCAGAGGACAGCUCCCUGCCCACCGACUUCACCGGCUUCCUCGGCGGCGACCGGAAAAAAGUUCGGUCGGAGUUUUUCGAGGCGGAGGCGGAGCUGUCGGGCUCGGACGAGCCGUCCGAGGACGAGGAGGACGGGGACGAGCUGGACAGGAUGGACGAGGAGGAGGCCGACGCCGAGCUCAUCGACGAGCGAAAACUGCGGCUCGAGGUGGAGCGGAUCCACCAGAAGAAGGCGCUGGACGAGGACAUCCGCGAGAUGAAGCUGUUCCAGGAGCGCUUCCUCGAGGACGGUGACCUGCACGGCAAGGGCCGCGAGAGGAAGUUCCGCUGGAGUAACGCAGACGACACCGGUGACGACUCGAACGAGCGCCGCCAGUCGGACGACGAGGCCGACCCCGGUGAGGAGGAGCGGGACGAAAAGUGGCGAAUGGAGCGGCACGAGCGAGAAAAGUGGCUCCAGGAGCACGGACAGAAGGGUCCUGAAGAGGACGAGGAGCCCCAGAGUGGCGGAUUCACGUUCAUCAAGCCGGGCCAGCGGGUGGUGCGGCGACUACAGAAGCCGGCUGAGUCCGCUCCGGCCGCCCCCGCCCCCGCCGCUGCCGCCCGCCCGGCCGGCCAGCCGCCUCCGCUUCCCUCCAGCCCGCGGGCCGUCAAGUUGGUGUCCCGGGGCUCGUUCCUGCGCCGGGGGAAGGAGGCGCUGGCCCGCCUGGUGACCACGGCGCGCUCCCUGAGCCUGCCGGCCGGCAGCUCCUCCAAAAACUCCUCCAACCGCACCUUCUCGAUGGGGAAGCGGCAGCAGUCCGAGUCGGAGCCCGACCCGGAGGUCGAGGAGCAGUUCCAGCAGACCGUCGAGGAGAAGACGACCAAGCGGAAGACGCCCAGCACUCCCGCCACGGACCCGAAGCGCGCCAAGUUGUCUCGCAGCUUCUCCUCGCUGGCGGAAGACAGCCAGUCCAGCAGCCUGUUUAGCAUCAUCUUGUAGCGUCCGCCGGCCGCGGCGGCAGGGGCGCCGCGCAGAGGUCCGAAGGGUGUCCGUCUGACGUGUGUGCGUGUCUUCGGGUGAACGGGCAUUGGCCGCUCAAUAUGCACUAUGUGCGAUCGUGGGUGUUUAUAGUACGAGUGGGUGCGAACUGUGCUGUUUAUAGUAUGAGUGGGGUGAUUGUGUUGUACGCUUGUAUGUGAGAGUGAUCUGGAACCUGUAUUUAGCUCGGAUGAAAGUUAGUUGGUUUUAUUUGUGUGGUUUUCGUGUGGAAUAGAAACUUUUACCGAGUAUUAGUGGCUAGUUUUAGGUGACUACGGGCGAUUUUUUAGUUGUAAGAGCCUGCGAUUUUUAUGUUGCAUCUGCCAUCUGGUGAACUUUUUCGAGAGUUCAAUUUAAACGUAGUGGCAUUUCACCAAACAGUACAGUGAAUGAUACCAAAUGUGUACAGCUUGUUUUGCAUCACCGGUUAGCUGAUAAAUACAUAAGAAACAUGUCAA